UGUUUUCCUAGAGAUGUCAGCCUACAAAGGACACAAUCUCUCUUCUUCAAAUUCCUCCCCAAAAUGUCCUUUCCCAACAGCUCUCCUGCUGCUAAUACUUUUUUAGUAGAUUCCUUGAUCAGUGCCUGCAGGAGUGACAGUUUUUAUUCGAGCAGCGCCAGCAUGUACAUGCCACCACCUAGCGCAGACAUGGGGACCUAUGGAAUGCAAACCUGUGGACUGCUCCCGUCUCUGGCCAAAAGAGAGGUGAACCACCAAAAUAUGGGUAUGAAUGUGCAUCCUUAUAUACCUCAAGUAGACAGUUGGACAGACCCGAACAGAUCUUGUCGAAUAGAGCAACCUGUUACACAGCAAGUCCCCACUUGCUCCUUCACCACCAACAUUAAGGAAGAAUCUAAUUGCUGCAUGUAUUCCGAUAAGCGCAACAAACUCAUUUCUGCUGAGGUCCCUUCGUACCAGAGGCUGGUCCCCGAGUCCUGUCCCGUUGAGAACCCCGAGGUUCCUGUCCCUGGAUAUUUUAGACUGAGUCAGACCUACGCCACCGGGAAAACCCAAGAGUACAAUAACAGCCCCGAAGGCAGCUCCACUGUCAUGCUGCAGCUCAACCCUCGCGGCGCGGCCAAGCCGCAGCUCUCGGCCGCCCAGCUGCAGAUGGAAAAGAAGAUGAACGAACCCGCGAGCGGCCAGGAGCCCGCCAAAGUCUCCCAGGUGGAGAGCCCCGAGGCCAAGGGCGGCCUGCCGGAGGAGAGGAGCUGCCUGGCUGAGGUCUCCGUGUCCAGCCCCGAAGUGCAAGAGAAGGAAAGCAAAGAGGAAAUCAAGUCUGAUACUCCAACCAGCAAUUGGCUCACUGCAAAGAGUGGCAGAAAGAAGAGGUGCCCUUAUACUAAGCACCAAACGCUGGAAUUAGAAAAAGAGUUCUUGUUCAAUAUGUACCUCACCCGCGAGCGCCGCCUAGAGAUCAGUAAGAGCGUUAACCUCACCGACAGGCAGGUCAAGAUUUGGUUUCAAAACCGCCGAAUGAAACUGAAGAAGAUGAGCCGAGAAAACCGGAUCCGAGAACUGACCGCCAACCUCACCUUCUCUUAGGUUCGAGGCCUGGCGGAGGCCGGGAUCUGAGAGGGGUCACCCGUUCUGGGGCCGA